GCUAUGGAAGCGAUAACACAGCUAGCUGCCGGAAAGGUUAAAGGACGCAAAUUUCAUUUACCAAAUGGAGAUCCUUUCUAUUCAUACAAGGGAAUUCCGUAUGCUCAGCCUCCUAUAGGUGCACUGAGAUUCAAACCGCCAAUUGCGCUGGAGAAAUUUGAUGACGUUAUACUUGAUUGCAGUUACGAAAGAAACUCGUGCUAUUCAUUAUCAUCAUGUCCAUCAUCGGUAGCAGUCAGUGAAGAUUGUUUAUAUGCCAAUGUCUAUACACCGCUGAGUCCGAACGAAGCAGGUCUUCAGAAGAAUCUGCCCGUAAUGGUUUGGGUUCAUGGAGGUGCGUUCGGUGCAGGUUCUGGCGAAUCUUCAAUGUACAAUCCACGUCCUUUGAUUCAGCAAGGAGUUAUUGUAGUGACAUUUAACUACCGAUUGGGUCCUUUUGGGUUUCUGUGCUUACCAUCAGCGAACAUAUACGGAAAUAUGGGGCUUAAAGAUCAACGGAUGCUCCUUAGAUGGGUACAUGAUAAUAUUUCGCAUUUUGGAGGUGACCCUAGUAAUGUGACAAUUUUUGGGGAAAGUGCCGGAGGUGCAUCAGUACAUCUGCUGUACUUAUCGGAAAGCUGCAAACCUUACUACCAUAAAGCUAUUUGUCAAUCAGGAGUAGCGGUUUCUUGUUGGGUAGAACAACAAGCUAGUGAAGCUAACGCUAUCAAUCUAGCAAAGCGCCUGGGUUGUACGUCGACUUCGUGUGAUGAAGUUUAUGAUACCCUUAUGACAGCUUCUGGCCCUGAUUUGCUGAUGCACUCAGAUGAAAACUUGAUAAAUUGGGAUAAAUCAGGACUUAGGUUCUACUCUUUCACGCCUGUAGUAGAGCCAAACAAUGCAGAUGAUCCAUUUUUAACAGAAAAUUAUAUCGAUAUUAUCUGCAAGCCGAACCUGAAUACGGUUCCGCUAAUGUUGGGAAUAACAAGCAACGAAGGGAUGUGUUUUGCACCGUAUCUACUACAAUUACCUGAUUUGUUUUCAAAUGAUCCGGAAAGAUAUGUUCCGCCGCAACUUCCACUUUCGAACGAUCAGCGUUAUAUUGUUGGUGAAGAGAUAAAGCGGUUCUACUUCGGAGAAAAGAAAGUUUCACCGGAAACAAUAUCAUCUCUACUAGAAUACGUGUCAGACUGCAUGUUUGUGAUACCCGCUUUAGUUGCGAGUGAGUUGCAUUCAAGAUAUCAACACAGAGCGCCGCAAUAUUUCUACCGUUUUGCGUUCAAGAGUGAGUUAAAUUUUAUUACAUCACUAGUAAAUGCCGCAACUGAUAAGGCCCUCAACAUCGAUGGUGCUACGCAUGGUGAUGACUUAUCCUAUUUGUUCGACAGUGAGUUCUUAGGAGAAACUGAGUUAUUUAACUCCGACGCCAUUAAAUUCCGUCAGAUCACAAUUCAACUGUGGACCAACUUCGCCAAAUUUGCCAAUCCAACUCCAACCAAGGAGCAGAUAGGAUGCAUUUGGUGCCCGGUGCAACCAAUCGACGUAAAGCAAAAAGAUUAUCCAUUACAAGUACUGAAUUUGGCGGAUCCGGUUGAAAUGGUAUUCAACCCAUUUGAAGCCAGGGUUGACUUUUGGAAGCAGCUCUUUGCGAAGUUUGGUGGAAAUUAUCUUGACCAUUGCAUAGUGAAGUGACUGGAAUGAUGUGUUAUUGUUAUAUACCUAUGUACCUUGAUUCAUUUAUGGUUAUUACUGGCGAGUCGACGUUGGGGCAUACUACGAAACGUGU